UUCCCAGCCACCGCCGCGCCAGGAGCGGAACCGGGAAGCGCGAAGAUGGCGGUGGAUAAGGAGCUGCUGGAGAGGGACCUCUACGGGCUGCUGGGGAUCGGCGAGAAAGCGUCCGAGAAGGAGGUGAAGACAGCGUUCCGGCAGAAGGCUCUCACCUGCCACCCGGACAAGAACCCCGACAACCCCCGGGCAGCGGAAAUUUUCCACCAGCUGUCCCAGGCCUUGGCCGUGCUCACAGAUGCAGCAGCCAGGGCAGCCUAUGACAGGGUGAGGAGGGCGAAGAAGGAGGCUGCAGCAAGGACACAGAAACUCGAUGAGAAGAGGAAGAAAGUAAAGCUUGAUCUUGAAGCCAGAGAACGGGAAGCCCAGUCCCAGGAGAAUGAAGAGGAGGAAAUCAGGAUAACGAGAUCAUUAGAAGAAGAAAUAAUCCGCCUGCGUGAGGAGGGCUCCCGGCAGCUGGAGGAGCAGCAGAGGCUGGUCAGGGAGCAGAUCCGCCUGGAAAGGGAGCAGCACAGCCGAGGCAGGCAGGAAAGAAAUGGAGCAGAAGGCAAAAUAACUCCUAAGCUCAAGCUCAGGUGGAAAUGCAGGAAGGAAGAUGAGACUGGAGGGGGAUACUCCAAAGAUGUGCUGCUGAAGAUCCUACAGAAGUAUGGUGAUGUGCUCAAUUUGUUGAUCUCCAGCAGGAAGACUGGGAGUGCAGUGGUGGAAUUUGCCACGGUGAAGGCAGCUGAGAUGGCUGUGAAGAAUGAGGUUGGCCUGCUAAAUAACCCCCUGAAGAUUUCCUGGCUGGAGGGCCAGCCCCAGAGCCGCCCCAGCACCGUCCUCCCUGACAGCACCAGCCAGCCCAGGAGCUCACAGGCGUCGGUGGUGUCGGAGCGGGACUACGAGAGCCUGGUGAUGAUGAGGAUGCGCCAGGCGGCCGAGAGGCAGCAGCUCAUCGAGCAGCUCCAGCGGGAAGAUGAGGAGGAAAAGUCUCACACUUAGCAUGAGAGAUGUUGUCCGGGUGGAACGCAGGAUUCUCCCUGGCUAUUCCCUGUGGAGGCACCAGACCAGGGUCUGGCCCACGCCGGUCAUGCUGACCACGCGGUAGCCGAGGCUCUCCAGCUUGUCCAGGACCACGCGCGGAGCGUCGUUCACGUAGUACUCACAGCUGCACCCGGGAAAGAUGGGAAUAAGGUGAGCUGGGGAGGAAGAGAUGGGAAUUCCCUGGUGGAAGUGAGCCUGCCUCACUGCUGCUGAUCCCUCUAAGGCCAGCAGCCCCACCUGGCACAGGCGUGUGUGACACAGGGCCUUGGUUAAUCCCUAAGGCACAGCCCGAGGUGCCAAACCACAGGAAUCCUGUCCAGGAGGGAAGGAUCAGGUUGAAUGGGAAUGUGGCUCAGGGGCUGGUGUCCAGAGCCACAUGCUGCUCGGUGACUGGGCUGACACUGCAGCAGAGGGCUCACAGGUAAACACAGUGAGCACGUUUUUAGCAUACCUGAGAAUUCAUGGAGGAGGAGAGGAAUGAUUCAGGUGUUUCUAAGGAAUGAAAUCCCAGUGUCCUACCCAUGUCAGAGUAUGUCUGUGAGAUGGGUGGGUUUGAGGGACUGUUAGAAUUUGGGGAUUGGAACAAAGUGCUGCUUUCAGCCAGGUGGGAAACCUUUGGAAAGCCAGUAGCCUUCAUCCUGCAUGAGGUGCCAGGCAAGGUGGAGCCCAGGCUCCUCUACUCCAGCAGUGCCUGGGAGCUGACACUGGGAUCCUUGUCCAGCUCUGAUUCCCUGCUGGUUUGUUCUGGCUCUAGGCUUGGAGCACAUUCCCACAUUCCUACCCCUCAAUCCCAGAAGCUGCAGGGCUGUGACACUGCUCCCCAGUGAAGGGACCAGGCACAGACUGGGCUGAAUUGGCCUGGGACAGCUGAGCUGAGCUGGCCAGUGGGACCUUUGGAUGUGCCAGCCUCUCCUCUGACAUGACUUUUGGGAUAAGGCUCAGAGCAGCUCAGCUGCAGCUGACUCACAGUGCUGGAUAAGAGCAGAUAAUGAUGGGCUGCAGGAUCACUGGGGAUCCUGUUUGGGCACCUGAACAAAGCUUCUCCUGCUUUUCCUACUAAUAAUGAUAAAAAAAGAUCCAAAAGCCUUUCCAAAGCUUCUCCUGCUUGCAUUUCAGACCCGUGCUGGAGCUGGGAGUGUUUUAAAGCACAAAAUAACCUGAGAUGUGAGAGAUUUUCCAGUUUCUCAAGACAGACUGUACUUGGCUGUAAUUAUAGAUGUGGUGUAAAGAUAAUGUGCAUUAUUAUAAGUGUCUUUGAAGUCUGUUCUUCCUCCAGGAGGGUUGCCACAUACCCUUCAGAUUUGCAGUGGGAGCUGGUAAAUAUUAUUCCCACUAUUCAGAGGAAGUAGCAGAGGCAGGGAUUUGUAGAAACCUAAAAAACUGAGUAGCUGAGCUAAAAGCAGGAGGCAAGAGCUCCCAGGGCUUUAUCCCAGCUGUGUGUUGAGAGAAAUGAAGAUUGCACACUCCGGGUAUCAGAUCUGCUGCCAUCUCCAUGUGCAUCCAGUCGGGACGGAGGGGCUGGGAUACCUGCAAAGCCUUUUCUUCCAGGUAAACCGACCCCACCCCUUGCCCCACCUGGCUGCCCCAAGGACUCUGACCCCGAGUGAGAGGGCAGGGACCACAUCCCUGCUCCCCACACCUUGUGGGACUUAAUGAGGGGCUGUGUGUCUGUGCAGCUCCCUCAUUACAGGGAUUUCAGCUUCACCUACAUCCCAGUUUCCCAGCAGGUCUGUGCUGCUUGGGGUUUUCUUUUCCUAGGCUCCCUACAAGGUCAUGGCUAAAUUUCUGAGGCCCAACGUGCUGCAGGAAGGGGGUUUGCAGCAUCCACAGCCAGGCUCUGCUCAUGAAGGAAUUGGGGAUGGAAAAUCCUGCUCGGCCUGCGGAUCCCGGAGCUCCCAGCCCUGGCUGGGAUUCCGGAGGAGGCGGCUGGGCUGGCACGUGGCUGUGCUCCCGGGGGUGCCAGCAGCCACAUUCCAGCCAGGGGACUUUCCCCACUGCUCAGGCACACACGGGGAGGACGUGCUGUGCCGCAGGGAUGUGCCGCAGGGAUGUGUCCCCACCCCACAGCGGAGUUCCCAGCUGUGACACAGACCAUGCCAAGGAGCAGGUGGGGCAAGAGGAGCUCAAAACGCUCCGGGCCACAGGGAGAGGAGAAAGGUGGUGAAUCCACCAGGGAGAUCCCAUAGGAAGCUCACAUCCCUUCCCCAAAACAGGCAGAAUGUGGUGCUUCUUUUCCUUGUAGUGCUGAGGCUCCCCCAGCUGCCGGGGCAGGCACCACAGAGGCUUUUAUCUGUCUUUGCCUUCCUUUUCCACCCGAAUCCCAGGGAUCCUCGCCCAAAUCUCUCAGGAUCCAGUUCCUUCUUGGAGCCUGUUGUGUUUCUCUGUCUCCCAUCCCGUUUCGUAACUCCGGGCUCCGCACGGCGGGUGGCAGCACGACUCUGGCGCUGCUGCCAAUCUCUGCCCCACCCACGGGCUUGGGAAAAGCAGCACGGAGAGGGAUCAGCCCGGCAAACCCCCCAGGAAAGCAG